UGCGGUGUGUGAGGAAACGAUUUGACCGCCACUACUCGCGCGCGCUGGGGAAACAGAGAUCAGAGACAUGACCGACUAACGCCAUCGACAAACAACACCACACACACCGGUUGAUAAACCGCACCGAUCCCCAUCAUCCCCCUCGAGCGACCACCUGUUUCUUGCCAAGACCAACCGGUGGUGUGUAGUUCAAAAGUUCCAGCACAAAUCUUCAAAGAUCAAGCUCACCUGCCAUGCCUUUUUUCUUCAGCUCAUCCCAUCUGUCCUUCAUAACCUUGAUCCUCCCCUUCCUCUUCUUCCUUUCCCUCUCCAUCCCUUCUAAAGCUGACCCCCAUGAUGUAGCCCAGUCUACCUCCAACUGUUCCCAAAGAGAUGUUUGUUCAGAAGGGGUCAUCCUGCCUGUUUGGAACCCCCUGAAUCCCUCAGUUGGUGACAAAGUAGCCCGUGCCAUAGUGUACCUGGUGGCGCUAGUCUACAUGUUUUUAGGUAUGUCAAUCAUCGCUGACCGCUUCAUGACUGCUAUCGAAGUCAUAACGUCACAAGAAAAGGAGAUCACUACGAAGAGACCCAACGGUGAAACGGUCACAACCACAGUUCGUAUUUGGAACGAGACCGUCUCCAAUCUCACGCUCAUGGCUUUGGGUUCGUCGGCACCUGAGAUUCUGCUUUCUGUCAUCGAGGUCUGCGGACAUAACUUUGAAGCUGGAUCUCUAGGUCCCAGCACAAUCGUGGGCAGUGCUGCCUUCAACAUGUUCGUUAUCAUCGGAAUCUGCGUCUACGUGGUACCCGAGUACGAAACCCGGAAGGUCAAACAUCUACGAGUGUUUUUCGUGACUGCGGCGUGGAGCUUGUUUGCCUACAUCUGGCUCUAUCUGAUCCUCUCCGUGAUCUCUCCCGGUGAGGUGGAAGUGUGGGAAGCCGUCCUGACGUUCCUUUUCUUCCCUCUUUGCGUGGUCCAGGCCUGGAUUGCGGACCGCCGUUUGCUGUUUUACAAGUACGUUCGCAAACGUUACAGAGCCGACAAAGGUCGUGGAAUCAUUGUGUCCGAGGGUGGAGAGGAGAUUGGCAGGGAUGGGGGAUUCACAAAGAUGGACAUGCUGGAAAUUGAUGGAAUGACGGCACAUCUGGAUGGAGUGCAUCUGGAGAGUCGAUUAAAUGGGCGCGACCAAGACGAUGAGGCAAGAAGGGAUAUGGCAAGAACGCUGAAGGAACUCAAGCAGAGACACCCAGACAAAGACAUGGAGCAGCUUAUAGAAAUGGCCAAUUAUCAGGUUCUUAUACAGCAGCAGAAGAGCAGAGCUUUCUACCGCAUCCAGGCGACGAGGAUGAUGAUUGGUGCAGGAAACAUCCUGAAGAAACACGCAGCAGAUCAAGCCCGUAAGGUGGUCAGUGGUGGAGAAACACGAGAGCAGGAGGAUGAGCCUCAUAUUACACGAUUAGAGUUUGAACCUGCACUAUAUCAGUGCUUUGAGAACUGUGGCUCUUUAAAACUCACUGUACAAAGGCAUGGAGGAGAUGCUGGAUGUACUGUUAAGGUUGACUACCGCACUGAAGAUGGCACAGCCAAUGCCGGUUCUGACUAUGAAUUUGCCGAGGGCACACUGGUCUUCAAACCUGGCGAAAAUCUUAAAGAGCUAACCGUCGGCAUUAUCGAUGAUGACAUCUUUGAGGAAGAUGAAUACUUCUAUGUCCGCCUGAGUAACCCCCGCAUAGUCGGAUGGGCUGAUGGACAUCCAAUUGCCUUAGAAAGUGGAGCGCCGGCCCCUACCGCAGCCCUCGGCGAAGCCCACACAGCCACCGUCACGAUCUACGAUGAUGACCAUGCCGGGAUUUUCACGUUCGAGAGUGAAUCGAUUCGAGUCAGCGAAAGCAUCGGAAUUAUGCAGGUGAAGGUCCAGAGGACAUCUGGAGCACGUGGUCUGGUCGCUGUCCCUUAUCAUACCGUGGAUGGGUCUGCUCAUGGAGGAGAGGACUAUGAACACGUGUCUGGAAAACUGCAUUUCAAGAAUGAUGAAACUAUGAAGACAAUCGAGGUGAAGAUUAUAGAUGAUGAAGAAUAUGAGAAAAACAAGACCUUCAGCAUUGAAUUAGGAGAGCCAGUAUUACUUGAGAUUGGACAUAAACAUGGAGAUUCUAAUGAGAACAAGCUAGAGAUUGGGGCAGAGGAAGAGGAAGUGGCUAAGAUGGGUUGUCCCAGUCUGGGAGAGCAUACUAGGCUUGAGGUGGUAAUUGAAGAGUCCUAUGAGUUUAAGAAUACAGUGGAUAAGCUCAUAAAGAAGACAAAUCUGGCCCUGGUAGUGGGCAGCAGCAGCUGGAGAGAGCAGUUUGUUAGUGCUGUUACUGUAAGCGCAGGUGAUGAUGACGAAGAGGAGAGUGGUGAAGAGCGUCUUCCAUCCUGCUUUGAUUACAUCAUGCACUUCCUCACAGUCUUCUGGAAGGUACUCUUUGCCUUCGUGCCACCCACAGAAUAUUGGAACGGAUGGGCGUGCUUCCUCGUCUCCAUCGUUCUGAUCGGCGCGUUGACAGCGAUCACGGGCGAUCUUGCGUCACAUUUCGGCUGCACCGUUGGCUUGAAGGACUCGGUCACUGCCGUUGUGUUCGUUGCAUUGGGGACCUCUGUUCCUGACACUUUUGCCAGUAAGGUCGCUGCCAUCCAAGACCAAUAUGCAGACGCCUCCAUUGGCAACGUGACAGGCAGCAAUGCCGUGAAUGUUUUCCUGGGCAUUGGUGUGGCAUGGACCAUAGCUGCCAUAUACUGGAAAACUAAAGGAAAACCAUUUCUUGUUGAGCCAGGCUCUCUGGCCUUCUCUGUCACACUCUUCACCGUUAUGGCUGUGCUGUGCGUCGGCGUCCUGCUGUAUCGUCGGCGCCUCUCAGUGGCAGGAGGAGAACUCGGCGGUCCACGGACUUGCAAGAUAUUAACAUCAUUGCUCUUUAUUUCCAUGUGGCUAAUAUACAUCCUGUUGGCCUCGCUGGAAGCUUACUGCCACAUUACUGGAUUCUGAAGAAAAACAUGGAAAACAUGAAAGUAUUUCAGCUUCUCAAAGAGGAAUCUGAUCCUGGCCAGCGAAGGAGGUUUUUAUUUAGUAUUUAUUAGAUAUUUAUCCUGUGCCCUUAAUAAGUCCAACAGAGUCUGAUUUUUGUACGUUUUCUUUUUUUUCUUAAUAGUGCACUCGGUAAUGUUUCACUCAUUGUAGGUUUUACCCCAAAAGAAUGGAAAAUUAUAUUUUAAAAUCAUGCACACUCACACGAGGCUCCAGUCAUAUUAGAGGCAUAUUAAAAGAUAUAUUGACUCAUGGGGGCGAUGUGUUGCUUGCAAAAUACAAUAUAUUACAUCAGUAAUGAGGGAUGGGCAGUAUAUCGAGUUUUGGUAAUAUAUCAGUAUUUUUUCCCAGCGGGAUACAGGAUGAGACAGUACCAUCUAUGUUGGUAUGGUAGCGCAAUGUAAACUAAACAUUACUGAGUGCACAUUUUACACAUCAUUCCUUCUUCUUGCCUUACACUCGUCUCUCAGUGCUGUCUUAAAUCUAUCCAAACCCGUAACUAAUGACUCUCUUAUCAUAUUCCUGUGUGAGCCAAUCCAAGCCUUCGGUUACUAAAUAUGAGGUUUACUUUUUUGGAGACUUUUUUAAUGUUACGUGUCUGUAUUACUGUCAUGUAAAUGUAAUGAUAAUAUUUAAAAAGAUGUUCAAAUGAACAGAAUGACCAAACAGAAACUAUAUCGUGUAGAGCAAACUGUAGCAACAGGAUGGAUUAUCAUUGCUCGUGGAAGAAGAAAAAGCAUGUUUCACAACUUACAUCUGACUGUUGACUGAAGCAUGUUCAAGAACACAUCCUAUCAUAUUUAAUAAUAUAAUGCUGACAUUAUUGGGAUGACACAAAACAAAAAGGAAUGGAAAUGAACUCCAGGAUGGGAGAACAACUAGAAUAGAAUAAUGACAUCAGUGAUGGUGCUGCAUAUUAUUCGUGUAUAUGUGUGAUUAUUGUGCGUCUGAGACCACUCAACUACAAAUAAACAACUUGACACAUGUUCUCUUUAGUAUA